AUGGCGAUGGCAGCUUCUGCAAAAAACCGGAAUGCCCGGUUACCACCUGAAGUAAAUCGUGUUCUGUUCGUUCGGAAUCUUCCAUUCAAUAUUACAUCCGAAGAAAUGUACGAUAUUUUUGGAAAAUAUGGUGCUAUACGACAGAUCAGAUUGGGAGAAAAAGAUACACGUGGGACUGCUUUUGUAGUUUAUGAAGACAUAUUCGAUGCUAAAGCUGCCUGUGAUCACCUUAAUGGAUUUAACGUUAUGGGUAGAUAUCUUAUCGUAUUAUACUAUCAACCUAAUAAAGUUACGAAAAAGAUGAACCUACAAAAGAAGGAAGAAGAAUUAAAAGAGUUGAAAAGGUAA